UUUUUUCCAUGCAUUAAACGCCGCAGAUUGUCAAUUCGUUGUCGACUGUACGGUUAAGUAGUUUUUUGUCAUGGAAAACUACAACAUAUAUGACGAGAUCGGACGCGGCACGCACUCGUUCGUGUACAAGGCGCGCCGCAAGCGCAGCAUCGAGUACGUGGCCGUCAAGUCCACGGCCAAGAGCCGCAUGGACAAGAUUCUGAACGAAGUCCCAUUCCUCCACAAGCUCGAGAGUCCAUACGUACUCAAAUUCUUCGACUGGUACGAGUCGUCCAACCACAUCUGGCUCAUCCUCGAAUACUGCAUGGGCGGCGACCUGCUCAACCUCAUCACACAGGACAAACAACUACCAGAGUCUGCCGUCCAGGUGCAACAACGUUGAAAUUAUUUUACUGGUUGUUGCGUUUAUUGAUGUGUGGGGUAUCAUGUUGCAGUCGUUUGGGAUCGAACUUGUUGCUGGGCUGCAAUAUUUGCACUCCAAUAGCAUUUUGUACUGCGAUUUGAAGCCUGCGAAUAUUCUCAUUGACGAAUUCGGAUCACUUAAGCUGGCGGAUUUUGGACUGGCACGCCGCAUUCCAGGAAGUGAUGCAGCACCCGUACGACCACUUGCUCCAGGAUCACCUCACUAUAUGGCGCCUGAGUUAUUCCAGCAACCUGCAGUGCACAGCUUUGCGUCAGACUUUUGGGCAUUGGGCUGUGUAUUGUAUGAACUCAGAACAGGCCGGCAACCAUUUACACAUACUAACUUUUCAGAGUUGGCACGAAGGAUUCAAUCGGAAACGGUGGAAUUCCCAGUACCUGGAUGCGAAAUGUCGCCUGCAUUUUGCAAGCUAUUAGAGCGGUUAUUAGUGAAAGACCCUUAUCAGCGAAUCACCUGGGAUGAGCUAGUUGUUCACCCUUUUUGGGAUGGUUUACCUCGCAUCCAAAAUGUGGUGAUGCCUCCGCAGGAAAUAUUUGAUAGAAACUCGCCCGUGUGUGAGCAGGUUACCAGCAAUGACGGUUCAAAUGGUCUUGACAACCCUGAAGAACCUCACGACAACGGUCAUAUUAGCGAACGUGAAAAAGAUAGGGAUAAUGGUGACAGCAGCCUGGCUAAUGCAGAUGACGUUGGAGGGUUGCACGUGAAUGGAAUCGAGGAGACAACAACAGGAAACAAUUGUAAUGAUGAAACUCACUUCUCGGAUUCUGGAGAUUCAGAUGCGGAUCAGACACCAAAUGAAGCCACUCGCUUAGAUAUCACCUCAAGAGCCACUCAUGAUGACGUACGACCUGUCAGCGCGCCGAACUCACGAAUACGCGCUCUACCGGACAACAAUGAAGACCUCAACGAUGACCAGAAUGGUGUUUUGAACGAAGUCAGUCAACUGACUGAUAUCCGACAUCGCUGGAGAGCUGCUCACGCACCUCAUUCUGCACCUCCUGCUAUUCGGAACGCCCCAAAAAGGAGGAUAUCAAUAAACAACCUGUUCGAUCGAAGUGGCGUACCUGGCAGUGGGCUCCGCAAGAUAUCCAAGCUGGUUUUUACUGCUGCAGAUUGCCGUGUAAAGUCUAUCAUCGGAAAUAAAAACGUCCAGAUCGAAGACUUACCGCAGGUCCGUGCAGAUCUUUUCCGGUUCCCCCUCUUAGCUCCAGAAAAUCUACUAUCGUGCUCGGCUGAGGCUUUGGAGAAUCAGCUGAAAGAGAUCUACAUCAGUUUGAAGUUUUCUCACUCGGAUGACCAAGCGAAACUUAGUGUCAUGGCGUAUUUAUUCUCUCUCAGCUGCCACGCUCGACUGGCUCACGUGAUUGUGAAUAGCUCAAUUCUUAAGCUUUUGAUUCGAAUGCUGUCGCAUGAAGCCCGACUGGCUACUCCGAACAAGACCGUAAUUUCAAUGCUGUGUCUUGUGCUCGGCGUUCUUUUUCGAUUCGCUACCUUCAUUGCACCGUCUUCGCCGGAUCAAUUGCAGGUGCUUGUGAAGUUACUAUUGGAAGUUAUUGUCCGCCCUGAUGGUCUUGAAAACAAGAACAGUACCGACAUUCAAGGGUUACAACCUCGCCCUCUAGCUCUCGCGUGUCUUGGAGAAUUACUUUUUUACAUUUCAACACAACAAGAGUGGGAAUUACCGAUGGAAGGCGUGGACACUGUGCUUGCAUGUAUAGGAGAUACGAAUGUAGUACUCCGUUAUUAUGCGGUGAGGACGCUUGGCAAUAUGCUGAUUCAGUGCACAGAUUCCCUGCUAUCCCGACUGAUUAGCGAGAAAAUUGUGUUGACGUUAAUGCGAGGCCUGCUGCAACACGCGACCUCGGUGUCAGAAGAUGAAAAUGGAGAGUUAAACGUGGCUAUCGCGCUGCGAACAGCUACAACUGAGGCGCUAGCGCAGGUGUUACGACAUGUUCGCACUCCGUCUUCAACUGCGAGUCUUUCGUCUCGGUUGAAGAGAUCGAUAAUGCUGUUCUUUGCCAAACCGGACAUCCUUAAUGCAGUGUGGCGAGGCGUGGAAAGUAUGAAAGAAUCUACCGAGCUGGCGAUCGCAUCGUUGAACAUUAUAAACUCAUUUUUGGACAUGAAGCUUGGUACUGAAAGAGAAGCAGAAGCGGCUGCGAUCAAGUCAAGCCGCACGUUGCUGCUGGAACGUGUCGUGGCGUUCCCGACAAUAUGUAAAGUUUUGGAGAUUGAUACGAGCACGAGAGGAGAUGAUGUUGAUGACGAUAGUCUUUCUACGUUGCGAGCGAAAGGAUUGAUCAUGAUCCACUUGGGUGUACAGUUGAAUCGCAGCUUUCUACUCUCAUUUGUGCAGUAUGAAUCCCUAAAUAUUGUGGAAAAAGUGAUUGACCCCAUCGCUGACCAGCUCUGUGAAGAUGAAAACAAUCCCGGGUCAAUAUCGCCGGAAAAGAAGCUAUCUGCAUUUGAAAUGUACCUCGCGCAGUGUGCGAUGAAUGUGUGCAAGCUGUCGAUUCGAAUGGCUUUAAAACUCGGAGCAGUGUGCUUCUCUACGCCUGAAAAUGGUGAUGGUGAGAUCACGAGUAGCAACAACACAGAGAAUCGAUCCCCUAGGAUAUCGCCAAUCCCGUUCCAGCUUUUUGGUGGACUGCUACACAAUCCAAACUGCCGACAACAAUUGUUAAACUAUUUCGUGGCAAACGACAGCAAGCAGUACACGUUCUUCCUACGCCUGAUGGCCAAGUUACUUACGUCGUUUCCUGAUGAGAUUUUGGUCAUACCAGGGAGCACUGAUAAAACGACUGUAGCUCGAUAUGUGUCGGAGAUUUUAGUGGACUUGUUCGAACUCGCAGCUAAGGAGACGAACGAUAUUGUGUUAGUGGAGAAGCAAAUGCUGUUCACUCAGUUGUUACCUGCUAUUGUAAAGCAUGUAAAUGGAGAAUCUGAGGGUGCUGCGGUGAAUUGUCUUCGGAUCCUUCACGUUGUCCUGCUGGAUUUCGACUACGAUGAUGACAAUGGUGACUACGAGUUUUUCGAUCCAUUCGUUCGAUCGAUACUUUUCCCCCAUCUUAACACGUUGUUCAGGAGUCCGAUGGGUGUGGUCGAAGAUGUUUGGAGCUUGUCAAGUGAAUUAAUGUUUGGCUUACUCUCUAGUGACUCUUCUCUCCUUGGAGAAGUAGAGGACUUGAACAUUGUACCCACGGUUAUGAGUUUAUUACAGGUACCGGACGAGUUCCAGUCGCUACCUUCACAUGCUACGCAACUCGUCCAAAUGCUUCUGGAUUCCGCUGAUGUACGCUCGGAAUUACUGUACGAGUCAGGCAUAACAAGGAGUGUGGUUACUGGAUUAAUAUUCGCUUCGAAACACAAAGAGCAAGAUGGAAAUCUGCUAGAUUUGUCGAUAAUCCUGCUGAAUUUGCUUCACCACCAAUUCGAAAAAAACCGACAAUCAGGACGAUCACCAGCUCCAGCGGGGUUUCAUGAGCUGGUUGCUUGUGGGCCGUUGAUGCUUCAGUUUUGCACUUCGAGCGACGUUGAUCGUAAAAUGAAUGGACACUCCGAAUACGUAGCACCCGAAAAGGAUACUGCAAAGAGUCGAACGAAUGAUGAACUCGCGGAUGUAGCCUCCCGUUGCCUCGUCUUCCUGUCGCAGAUAUUUGGCGAGCAGUUGAAUGGCGUAUUUUUUUCUCAAAGCAAGAACGUUCCCUCGGGUUUUAACGAUUCCGAUCUGAGUUCGCUUUCGAGAUGCCUGGAAGGCAACAUGAAUGGAAUCAUUCUGCUACGCGUGCUACAUACACUGAAAACUUGCCUUCGCUGUGAAACCAAAAGGUACCAAGUGAGUAACUGGUUUGCUGAGCACAGAAACGUUCUCAGCACUGUGGAGGCUUUGGCUACUCAAAAGCAGACUUCUCGGUUGGAUGGAGCUGUAAGCGAAGCUGAAAAUCACCCGAAUCGUCCAUCGAUAGGAGAGCAGAUAUCCAAGACUGCGGCAUCAAUCAUGCGACUCUGCCGUACUACAGACGUACGAUGAAUAUUGAAAAGUGUUCGAACUGAAUAUGACAGUCAAGAUCACGCGAUUCGUCUACAAGAAUGUUCAUUAUCCACCAAAAUGUCGUCUUCUUGAUCGGUAUAUGAUCGGCAGUCUGGAAGAGGACUACGCAUAGUGCUGCUUCGAUUCUUCCCAUUCAUGGUUGGGAUAAAUCUGAAGGUCCAGACGCUCUGCAACCUCGUUAAGUUUCGAGUUGUCGCCCUCGAACAGUCCCUUGAACACCACGUUCACAAUGUGUUCGUAGCGCUCCUGCAGCAGUCUAAUCUCGUGGGGUGUAUCGGGCACCACACGCUCGACAAGGACAGCCAAAACCAAGCACACCUGACACGCCACUACGAAGCUGAAGGCUCGGACAGUUCCCGUCUGGUCUUCAAACAAGUCGGACGUCCAGAGAAUAAGAGCCGAGUUUGUACCGAGCGCGAUGUACGUCAUGAAUCGGAGAAUGUAAAACCAGACGCCAAUGUCCUUCGCCGGGUGGGGGAACGGUCGACGAUGCACAAAACAGAGCUUCACGGCGUCGACAUGAACUUCUAGUACGUUGUUGGCUAAUGCAAGCAGAGGCGUCAGCGGGAACGCCACCACGAACAAGUUGAUAAAGCCGUACUGGAUGACCAUCUCGUUAUAGUCCUCGAACGCCUCGUUGCUCUCGUAAGGCACCAGCUUCGCCUGCUCUUCGAUGUAGUUGUGGCCAGUCUUUUCUUCGGUGUACGCUGCUUUGCGCUCAGCGAAGAGCUGGUAGCGGUAUUUCAAGUACGGCACCACCACUUCCGUCGUGUUGCCCACCACAAUGCGGAUAAUGAACAGAGUCAGCAGCUGGUCGCGCAGUUCCUGCAUGCAGUCGUCUUCAUACAGACAAGAACCUUCAGCAAUACGCUUGACGAACGCAAUGUAGAAAAACGAAGCGAACGAGUUGCAGAACUGGAACAGGAAGACCUUGAUGACCAAGUAGUUUUCGUACUCAGCGUCUGUGCGGUGGUUUUCGAGGUCAUUCAGCUUACGCGCCACGGUGCGGUAGACCGUAUUGAGCACGAGAAUCUGGAUGGCGUUAACCACAGUGACACCGAACGUCAAGGGCGUCUGAUACUUGGUGUUAAUGUUGUUCUUCUCCAGGUUGUCACUGUCGUUGAUCCAGUGCUUCAAGACGAACAGACCAAAGAGAGCGACAAUCACAAUACCGACCAUAAACGUCACGACCAGGAUGGACACGAUGAAGGCACGUCGGCGCUUCAUCUUGCUCUCGAAUGUCACCUCCUCGGCGUCAGUGACCGGGUGGUAACUUUUAGUUCCGCGAAAUUGAGGGCGAUACCGGAAUGAUUCCUGCAAACCACUGAGACCCCAGAGCGAGUCCAAUAGACCAUUCUUACGCUUCCACAGCUCGGAAAACAGUGACGACCAUAACACCACGAACACAGCGAAGGCGAUGAGAAUGUAGCCUUGCUGGUUGGUACCCGUGACAGCCUGACGCGCUUCGAUAUACACAAAUGUGAUGAUACCCGCGACUGCCGGGAAGACCAGCAUCUUGGUGUAGAACUCGAGCCAGGCGAAAUACAGCGCGAUCUUCUCUCCGAAGUAGUAGCGGAUCUUGUGCAAAGGUUGGUACAACAUGGUCCAGUGCAGAGCCCACGAGUGCCGCAGGUCGUGCAGCGCCUUCGCGUCGUGGAGAGCGAACAUUUGACCCUCCAGAUACCCAGCAGCUUCCAGAGCGUCUGCGUUAAUAUGACGCUCUACGAUUCCUUCUGCGAGACGAAUACGAUCUUUUUGCGAGAACAACGUCUCCUCCUUCUUCUGUCCCCACUUGAUCGGGUAACGUCGGUAGAAGGGCUGGUACUUCUCCUCAUGGCGAUACUCUGCGAACGGAGCAAAGUACGUCAACGGAUCGUAAGGUAGAGCAAAAAUCGACGUCACAAAGCGAUCCCAAUGGUUUCCCUGGACACGACGACAGGUGUCGUCUUCGACAAAUAAACCAUCAGCUUCUUCGGUAUGCCCCCAAAUAUCUACAGCCUUGCGUAGUUCCGGAUGGAACUCUUCUCCGCGUGAAACUAACAACGGAUCCAUCUCUGGAUAUUCGGCAUCUUCAUUAGCACAGCCGCGAGUAUGUCUUAAAUGGUCAAUGGAGUUCUGCCAUUCUUUAUCUCCCAU